AUGGACGUCUUUUCACUGUUGCGCCGCGGUCUGAGUGGCGACGUCUGCGAGUCGCUGAGCUUCGCGCCGCUGCGCGAGGUGGCGCCUCUUGUCCACAGCUUCACGGGCUCGCUGCCAGAAGUCCUUCUGCAGAGCUGUCGUGCAGAGAAGCUGGAGGUGGACUUGGUUCGCUUGGCUCAGCUGCUGGCAGCACGCUUUCUCAACGAGUGCCUUCAACUGCAGCGGGCCUCCAGCGAGAUGCGCUUCGCCUUGGAGGAAGCCACCGAGCCCGGACGGACGGAGACCACGGCGCCGCAGCUGCAAUCCCUGGAGCUCCCGAGGCUCCGCGCGCGCUGCAAGGAGCUGGAGCAGGAGCUGCAAGAGCGCCGGGAGCGUAGCCCGGGGAGUGGCACCCUCGACGAAGCGGAGGCGCUGCGCGCGGCCCUGGGCGCGAGCCCGGCCGCUCAGUGCAGCCGCUGCCAGGCCCUGGAGGCCAAGCUCCGGGAGCAGGAAGAGAGGAUGCUGGAGCGACAGCUCGAGCCGCUGGCGUCAAGCCCGCGAGUGAAGGAAGCAGCCCCUGCGGAUCCGGCACUAGCACGGCUCCUCGUGGGCGAGGCGCCGCCUGUAGUGCGACGCCGUGCUGCUGUGGUGCUACAGUCAGCUUGGCGGCGACGAGCCGCGGUGCUGCGCUUCGAGCGCCACUUGGUGGGACUCGUCUUCCCUGCCAGGAAUGACGGGCGAAAGCUGAGUGGCACUGUCGGCUCUGUUCGGCUGGCACAGGCUCUUGCAGCCCGGGUCUUCCGUGCGCUGCGGCGCAGAGGGCUGGACUUCGAGGCCGCCUUCCGCUGUGCAGACACAGGCUACGAAGACGGUGAUGAGCACCCUUCGGGACGCAUCCGUGUAGGUCAGUUUCUUCUUUUCCUCUGCCGCCAGCCGGGCCUGGUGCUGGCCCCUGCGGAGUCUGCGGCUCUGCUCCGGCUGCUGAAGCGGCGCGACCGCGGGAAUCGCAAGGCCUCCGACGAGAAAGCGCCGCCGUCCACGGCGGCCUCCACGGAUCUGCAGGAGGCCUGGCGCUGGGAGAUGCCCUAUGACUUUGCGAGGCAGCUGCAGGCAGCUGCGUCGCGCGAGUUCGGUCCUGCUCCGGCUUGCGAGGCCCUGGAGGCUGUGGCGGAGCUCCUGCGGGGCCGGCGCUGUCGCUUCACCUGGGGCGACCUGGCCGCGAGCUGGGAUCGACUGGUCAGGGACGCGGUCUUGCUGCAGCUGCUCGAGGAGCGCGAGCGUUUGCAGGCGGCUCUCGGGGACCGUGGUAAGUCGGGCACGUCCGGCACGGCCUUCCUUAGCGGUGAGCUGGAGUGCCAGCUGGCAGAUUGUGAAGCUGACAUGAAGGCGGUGCUGCAAGGACCAAGCCCUCCAGUCUCGGCGACGGCUUUCACGGCGCGGCUGCUGCGAGAGCAGCUUCCGCUGGCACCAGUGACGCUGCACGCGGCUUCCCGGGCGGCUUUGGACGGUGCCGGCGGUGCUGGCAUUCGCCAGGGACAGGUGAUGGACGAUCUUCGGCAGCAGCAGGAGCUGAAAGGCAACCUCAUUGGGGGCUUCGUGCGCUUCCAGCAGCCGCUCUCGGCCAGCCCGAGCUUGAUCCACAUCACUGCGACGCGUCCGGCGUGGACGUUGCGCUUGAAGGAGCUAUCGGAGAGAGGCAUGCUGGUUCAAAUCUCUCCUCUAUCACCCGCCGGCUGGAAGGAGGAUCUCCAGCUCGCCUACUGCGCUGGGUCCGCGGAGGGGGUGGAGCACAUCGGACCCAGCAAGGGAAUCCGCACGGUGCAGGUGCACUUCAUCCCCCGGCUCACACGCACGCCGGAGCUGGUGGCGUUGCAGACCUACGUCCGUCAGCGUCGAAAGGGAACUUCGGAGGGUCCGGGUCCGGCAGGGCCUGAGCGGGCUGAGCCUGAGGCGGUGCUUUGCCAGCUGGGCACCUUCGCCAUCGCUGCCAGCCUUCCUGGCGACGGCCUGUCCCUGCGCGCCGUGCGGACUGGCAAGGUCGUGGCGGAGACCUCGGCGCGGGCCACCUUGGGGCGAGGCAAAGUGGCCUUGGCUCUUGCAGCUCGGACAGCCGGCGAACUGGAAAUCAAGGCUCAGUGGGAGCCCACUGCCGAAACGGAGACGAAAGAAGCCAAAGCCCAUGAAGGGGAGAAGCAGGAAGUGGGAGAUUUUCUCUCGAUCAGUCGGGUGAAGGUGGCGAGAGCCAGCUUGCGUGGCUUCGCCGUGCUGUUGCACCGGGAUGCGCAGAUGCUCCAACUGUGGUACGAGGCCGUGUCCUCAGAUGCCACGACCUCCGCCAGGGCACUGCAAGCCCUGGUGUCUUUGCCAGAAGCCGAGAAAGACGAGGAGGCCCUGCGCAGCAAGGGCCUCCAAGCAUUGAGCUUGGAGCUUCCAGAGCCGGAGAUGCCCUGGAGCCCGGAAACCCCAGCACGCAGCCGCGGCGACGGCGGCUUCGGAGGUUUUACCACGUCCCAGAGCGGGCUGUCCUUGCCAGACUCCGAGGGAAUGAGCUCUCAGCAAAUGCCAGGGGAGGAUAGCCACGGCCAGCGCCGGUCUCCAAGGCCUCUGAUGGUCGUGGAGCAGCCCAUGGCGCCGCAUCCCAAGAGGAGAUGA